UUUUCCCCCCUCCGAGUAAAGAUGGCGACGGCGCAGCUAACGGACGAUGAGCUUUUCUCUGAGUUAAAGAGCUUUGGAUUCACUCCAGGCCCGGUCUCCGAGAAUACGAGACCGGUUUAUUUGAAAAAACUAAAGAAACUACGUGAGGAACAACAACAGAAAGGAGGAACCAGAGCGGGGAAAAACCGAAACAGCGGCAGUAUCAACAACAACAGUAGUAGCGGUGGUAACGGCAGCUACACAGCGGCGGCGGCGGGAGCUUCGGGAUGCGGAGCCAGGCCAGCUAGCCGUGACGUCACGCCCCGGAGCCCCGGUGGUCGACCGGUCCUGAACGAAAAGCGAACUGGUGGAGCGGGGAAGUUCGUAUUGGGUUUUAGUUCGGACGAAUCGGACGUAGAGGACCCGAAGAAAAAACGAGGAGCGAACCACAGCGGUAGGAGAGACCGAGGUUCCGCGUAUCAACAACAACAGAUCAGGCCUACAACGGGAGCUGCUACCGCCACUCGGAAGAGCCUGGGAGUCGCUGUGAGUACCAGCAGUAACAACUCCUCUCCCUCCGGGCUGCUGGAGGGGAGGAGAAGCGGACCCGGUUCUCUCGAUUGGGUGGACCGGGGAAAAUCGAGCCUCGAGGUCUCGCGGGCCGCGGAAGUGAAGGGUUACGACGAAGAGCCCGAAGAAGACGACGAUUUUCAAGGGGAGACGGAGAGAGACAGUCGGUCUCUGAAUGGGAACAGGGCGUCUUACUCACUGAACGCCAGUAGUAAGAAAGUCGGUGAUUACUCAGAUUCGGAGGAAGAGGAAGAAGGGGGGAUUAUAUCUGGGCAGGACCUUCAACGAGACCGGCGCUUACAGCAACACUACUCCAGACGGAGUCACUCCUCCAAGCCGUCUCCCUACAGAAGUGCCAGGGGGUCAGAGAACGGACAGGAAACGACUGGCGGCAUGGCAAUCAGGCUAAACGACACGCCUGGCGCUAGUAGGAGUCGACUAGACAUGAUGGGAGGCCGGGGGGAGGAGGAGGAAGAGGAAGAGGGAAAGAAGCGAAGCCCCGGUGAAUCGUCCCUGAGCGGGAGCUUGCUGCGACGCCAUUACCCCAGGGGGACCAUCUACGUGUCGGCUGUGAUGGGGGAGAGCGACCGCGGCAGCCCCGGGGAAAGCAGCGGCAACAAUUCCCCGUCUUCCGCCUACAACAAAAACCACAUCGACAGCGGGGAUGGCGCCACCAGCAGCAGCCGAUUCAGCAUCGGCCUGAGACCGCGAUUCUCCAACUACAACAGUCUAUCCGCUACUUACCGACCCAACCAUUCAAAUCAUAGCGGUCCCAACCAUGCCUACAGCCAGUCGAGUCUCAAGCAGAAGCACACGGUACCGGAGGAUGAGCUGCUCCAGCAAUUCAAGCGGGAGGAGGUGGGGUCGUCCACCGGUGGUUGGGGGUUCAGUGCCCACUACCUGUCCAUGUUCCUGCUCAUGGCCGCCUGCCUGUUCUUCCUCCUACUCGGCCUCAUGUAUCUCCGGAUGAGGGGGUCUGGAGCCUCUGAGGUCGAUGUUGUCGUUAAGAACCACCCGUUUGGCAGCGAGUUUGACAGUUCUUAUGACAAGACGGAGAAGGACACCAUUCUGAAACUCCUCCUCAACCUUCACGACCACCUGGCUCAUAUUGCUGGCCAACAUGACUGUACCCAGCAGCAGACCAACAGGAGCCUGUCUCUGAAGGAAGCCUCUGACUAUCUCCUGCAGCAGAGUGAACAGUAUCGUCACUGGGUUCUCCUCGCUCUGGAGUGGAUCAUACGGACCGGGGAGGACGUUGGCAUACGGCUGAUCGGGGAUAACCCAGAGGAGGCAGUAGCGGAGGUGAGUGAGGUGACUCGUCUGGAGUCGACCCACCCCAAGAUGUCCUUCUCCUGCCGCUUCAGUAGAGCCUUCUUUACAGUCAUCCACAGGGUGCUGCUCAUCCUAACAGUGAUUGGUCUGGUGUGGGGUGUAUUCUACUAUAUGAAGUAUCGUUGGAGGAGAGAGGAAGAGGAGACCAGGCAGAUGUAUGACAUGGUGGAGAGAAUCAUAGGUGUUCUGAGGAUCCACAACGCGUCGUGUCAGGAGAACAAUGACCUCCAGCCCUACCUGCCCAUCCCUCACGUCAGAGACUCCCUGGUUCAGCCCCAGGACAGAAAGAAGCUGAAGAAGGUUUGGGACCGGGCGGUGACCUUCCUCUCAGCCAAUGAGAGCCGUAUCAGGACAGAGUCUCAGCGGAUUGGCGGAGCCGACUUCCUGGUGUGGAGGUGGCUCCAGCCCUCUCUGAGCUGCGACCAGAUCUCACUCAUCCCCUCCAAAGUCUGGCAGGGCAAAGCGUUCCCUUUGGACAGGAGGAACUCUCCCCCCAACAGUUUAACACCGUGUCUGAAGAUCAGAAACAUGUUUGAUCCAGUCAUGGAGGUUGGUGAAAACUGGCAUCUGGCCAUCCACGAGGCCAUCUUGGAGAAGUGUUGUGACAACGACGGCAUCGUCCACAUCGCUGUCGAUCAGAGCUCCAGAGAGGGCUGUGUCUAUGUGAAGUGUCUGUCAGCAGAACACUCAGGGAAAGCCUUCAAGGCGCUACAUGGCUCCUGGUUCGAUGGUAAGCUGGUGACGGUGAAGUACCUGCGUCUGGACCGUUACCACCAGCGUUUCCCUCAGGCCCAGGGCUGUACCACCUCCCUGAAGCCCUCAAACACCUACAUGAACACCAUGUCCAGACUACGUCACCACACCAGCCCAGACAGCAGCUCUAACACGAACUCUCUAGGCUUCUCCUGAGGGGGGGCAGAUUACCCCAGCCUCCUCUCUCCCUCAACCCCACCACACCAGCCCAGACAGCAGCUCUAACACGAACUCUCUAGGCUUCUCCUGAGGGGGGGGCAGAUUACCCCAGCCUCCUCUCUCCCUCUCCCUCAACCCCACCACACCAGCCCUGACACUAACUCUCUAGGCUUCUCCUGAGGGGGGGGCAGAUUACCCCAGCCUCCUCUCUCCCUCAACCCCACAGAUACCACCACACCAGCCCUGACACUAACUCUCUAGGCUUCUCCUGAGGGGGGGGGGGCAGAUUACCCCAGCCUCCUCUCUCCCUCAACCCCACAGAUACCACCACACCAGCCCUGACAGCCCCUUCUCCUUCAGUCUCCCCUUAACAAGCCUGGAGGUGAUGGCAGCUUGGUGAACCGUCUGUCUCAACUCACAGGGCUGGGUCGAACCGUCUGUCUCAACUCACAGGGCUGGGUUGAACCGUCUGUCUCAACUCACAGGGCUGGGUUGAACCGUCUGUCUCAACUCACAGGGCUGGGUUGAACCGUCUGUCUCAACUCACAGGGCUGGGUUGAACCGUCUGUCUCAACUCACAGGGCUGGGUUGAGCCGUCUGUCUCAACUCACAGGGCUGGGUUGAACCGUCUGUCUCAACUCACAGGGCUGGGUUGAACCGUCUGUCUCAACUCACAGGGCUGGGUUGAACCGUCUGUCUCAACUCACAGGGCUGGGUUGAACCGUCUGUCUCAACUCACAGGGCUGGGUUGAACCGUCUGUCUCAACUCACAGGGCUGGGUUGAACCGUCUGUCUCAACUCACAGGGCUGGGGUGAACCGUCUGUCUCAACUCACAGGGCUGGGUCGAACCGUCUGUCUCAACUCACAGGGCUGGGGUGAACCGUCUGUCUCAACUCACAGGGCUGGGUCGAACCGUCUGUCUCGACUGACAGGGCUGGGUCGAACCGUCUGUCUCGACUGACAGGGCUGGGUCGAACCGUCUGUCUCCACUCACAGGGCUGGGUCGAACCGUCUGUCUCCACUCACAGGGCUGGGUUGAACCGUCUGUCUCCACUCACAGGGCUGGGUUGAACCGUCUGUCUCAACUCACAGGGCUGGGUCGAACCGUCUGUCUCCACUCACAGGGCUGGGUCGAACCGUCUGUCUCAACUCACAGGGCUGGGGUGAACCGUCUGUCUCAACUCACAGGGCUGGGUCGAACCGUCUGUCUCAACUCACAGGGCUUUGUUUUCUCUUUUAAGUGGGACUUGACUGUUGGUUGUCCACAACCUGUCUGGACCACAGGAGUGGUGGGAGGCUUUAGACUGACAGUCCUGCAGUGUUUUUUUGUUGUAAAGACCAAUCCGAGUUUUGAAAACAAAACUUUGGAAGACCACUUGAACAACCAAUGGGCUGAGAGAUUGGAGACUAGGGGGAGGGGGGCGUGGUCUGAGCUGGAGAUGUGAUUCGCCGGUGCCCCGUUUUUUUUUGUAUUACAAACUUUAUGGAUUUAAACAAGGAAACACAACUUCCAUUUCGUUCUAAUGGCAUAUUUAAAAAAUAUAUGAGAGAGAAACAACCCCCCUUCUUUCUCUUGUCUCCCCAUCCUCUCCUCCCUCCAUCCCCCUAUUUUUAACGAGACUGGCCCCAUGAUUUUUCAAGGAGUUGAGUUGGGGGGGCUAUACAUUGAAAUUGCUUUAUGGUGCAGGUUAAAGUUAAAGCCUCUAUUUAAGCUUUUGAAUUUAUACCAAUAAUCUGGAUGUUUAUUUCCUGGAGAAUGUAAUCCCUCAUUGCAUUUUCUUUCGUUUUUAGUCGAGCCGGCGGAGGAAAGGCAGGUUGGGCUGGUGGCGGUGAUCUGUAUUAAUAAAGAAAAACCAUAAGCUCUCUUUUCUCUUCUCCUGCCUGCCGCUACAAUACUCUUUUAACAUACUGACUGCAUCAGAUUCUGUCUCCAGAAGUGGAAGCGUUUGUGAGACAUUGGGAGGAUAACUUGUUGCGAGACAGUGAUUUUGGCAGGUG